UUUUGUUUAGAUUAUAUGCAUCAGCAAUUUCAACAUUGUUGUUCCUCAAGUUGGAAUUGCUCUAAUUUUUGCAGAGCAAUAUGCCAAUAGUUUUCCAGACUUCUCUAGAGAUUACUCCUCAUGUUUAUGGAUUCCAAAGUUCAUUCAAAAAAUUGCAGGUGAAUGGGAGAAAUGGUUUGAAUGGUAGAUCUGGUCUUAGAAAAGCGGUUGCUGCUAAGAUUGUUGAUAGUAACCUAAAGAGUAGUAUUUCAGCAAAUGUUAAUGGAUCGGCAAGAAGGAAAAGUGUUUCAGUUGAAGGAGAUUCUAUCAUGACUCUGACUGCCAUGGCCUCUGCAGCCUUAGCAGCUGAGAAGCAAGAUGAAUGCAAAGCGAGAAUAGGAGUAGAGAAUAAUGUUCCUGUGGAUGCUUUUAGAUUGGGUAGACUGAUUGAAGGUAAUCUUCUUUAUCGACAGACUUAUGUAAUCAGAUCAUAUGAGGUUGGAGCAGACAAGACUGCUUCCAUUGAGACCUUGAUGAACCUUCUUCAGGAAACUGCUCUCAACCAUGUGUGGGCUGUUGGAUUGGCGGGGGAUGGGUUUGGUGCUACACAUGAGAUGAGUCGACGUAAUCUCAUUUGGGUCGUAGCUCGCAUGCAAGUUCAAAUUGACCGCUAUCCUUCAUGGUGUGACGUGGUGGAAGUGGAUACAUGGGCUUCUGCAUCUGGCAAAAAUGGUAUGAAGCGUGAUUGGUUUGUCCGUGAUUACAAAACGGGACGCAUUUUAGCUCGAGCCACAAGUACAUGGGUAAUGAUGAACAGAGAAACCAGAAAGCUAUCUAAAAUUCCAGAAGCAGUCAAGGAAGAAAUCCAGCCUUACUUUCUUGAAAGGACAGCUAUUGUAGCUCACGAUACAAAGAAACUAUAUAAACUAGAUGAAUGCACUGCUCAACACAUUAAGUCUGAGCUGACGCCAAAAAGAAGUGACUUGGACGUGAACCAGCAUGUGAACAACGUUAAAUACGUUGGCUGGAUACUUGAGAGUGUGCCUCUACAAAUAUUAGAAAACAAUGAACUGGUGAAUAUGACUUUGGAGUACAAACGAGAAUGUGGGCAAACACAUGUGCUUCAGUCAUUGACACACCUACAAUCUGAAUUUGCUGACAUUGAUCCCAAAAGCAAACGCAUUGAUGAUCUACAGUUGAUGCAUUUGCUUCGAAUGCAAAGAGCAGGGUCUGAAAUUGUUAGAGCAAGAACCGAUUGGAGGCCAAAAAUGGACGAGAAAUCUACAAUCUUAUUUGCUUAGUAUAUUAAUAUAAUGUAAAUGGAUAGUUUAUUUAUUUUGAGUAAAAUUAUUCUUGCUUUCAUAAUAUGAGAUGGAGGAAUUUGAUUCUCAUUCCUCUAGCUAAAAAGAAGGAAAAGAGAAAGAAGAAGAUCCGUGAUAGGGGACAGCUUUAUAAGCUUAUAUGAGUCCCAAACGGGUGUUACAAAAUAGGAUACGCUAUGUUGUUUAAUGAUAUGCAUUUUGAGAUUUAUAUGAAAAUCAUUUUUUAAAA